GUCAUGCCAGUCACCACUACAUCUGCGGCGGUACAUAUCACUCCAGUCGUCCUCAAGACCUUUGUCAGGCAUACCAAGCACAAGACCCUCAAGGCAAAACAUGGGGAUAAAUCUCCGAGGGCACUGGAUGACAUCUACUAUGACGAGGCGUUUCACAUCGUCAAGGCCUUCAUAGAACUUGGCACGAAGAACACAGCCGAGUCUCUUCAGAGAUUCACGAACACGCAUGUACCAGCGCCUUUUUGGGUCGCAGUCGUUCCCGUCAGGAUACCACUAGCAUCAUCUAACAGGGCGGCGGAUGCGCUCAUUGAAUGGUUUGGCUCGGAAGAUUUGAAACGCAUUGUUGGCGGUGAACGGUGGUGGCAAGUCCGUGGGCUCGACUGGCUCGACGCCGAGUGGAUCACGGAGAAGGACUUCCUCAAGGACAUUCCCGUCCCCGACGACGUAAAUCGGACUGAAGAAGAGAACACUAUCAAGCGAAUGGAACAGCUUGACCGAGUCAUGCUGUACGUUCACGGAGGUGCUUUUUACUGGGGAUCAAUCAACACCCAUAGAUAUCAGGUGAUUCGCUACGCCAAAAAAAUCAAAGGGCGCGCUUUUGCUGUGAACUAUCGCAAAGCACCGCAAUAUCCCUGGCCGUGCCCGCUUCAAGAUGUCUUAGCAGCUUACUUCUACCUGACCAGACCUCCCUCAGGAGCGGCGCACAAAGCAGUCCAGCCUUCGAAACUAGUUUUCGCUGGCGAUUCGGCGGGGGCUGCAUUAUGUCUCUCGGCGCUCACCGUGCUUCGAGAUCUAGGCCUUCCGCAACCUGCGGGGGCGGUUCUGAUCAGCCCCUGGGUUGACCUUACGCAUAGUUUCCCCAGCGUCAUGACUAACACUGCAACGGAUAUCAUCCCGCCACACGGUUUCAUUCAUAAGCCGUCGACUCUCUGGCCCGUCCACCCGAAACCCGAAGGAGGCUAUACACGCGUGGUACCCACCAAGACGAAGCCCCCUCCCCAACCUGGCCAUGCUAGCAAGCUCAAACCAGAUACGUCUGAAGCCAAGAGUCAGGUCAACGAACGCUUGCUGCAAAGUACCGAACGUGGCGGCUCUGUCCCGCACGCGUCGGAGCUUGAGGACAACCCGUCGGAAGUCCUAGCGCAGAAGGACAUGCAAGCCGAGAAUGGGGACGAAGUCUCGAAGAACGGCAGUGCAUCACUAGCGGACGGAAGCCCUUCCAACGGGGAUCAACCAAAGCAUGUGGAAGACGGUACGGAUGCGGGCAGCGCUAGUUCCGAUAUUGCUCUCGAGUUCUACGAGCCGAAGCCACCUAAAGUGCUGAUGGAGGAUCCCAACGCUACCCCAUGGGAACUCCGCACCCAAAUACAAUUGUACGCGACUACAGAACAGCUCUCACAUCCGCUCGUCUCCCCGAUCAUGCAGUCCUCGCUAGGGAACUUGUGCCCGCUUUACAUAAUAGCCGGGGAUGGUGAACGCCUGAGGGACGAGAUCAUCUACCUUGCGCACAAAGCAGCUCACCCGAAGGAUUACCCGGUUAGACAAGGCGUCUUGCAAGAGGGACGGCGACAGAAGGAGAAUGCCGACAAGUUUCAAACGCCGACCAAGGUCCAUCUCCAGGUUUUCGACGAUCUGUGCCAUGUCUUGACUGUGUUCACAUUCACUACCCCUGGGAAAUAUGCAUACCGGUCGAUCGCUCAGUUCGUCAAGCAUGUCAUCGACAAUCCCGGAGGGCAGCUUCAGCACUAUGCCUUCCCGGAAGUGAGCAAGGACCACACAUCGGAUCGAGAACGCGCCACCGAAGAGCCUGAGGAUCGGUCGCACCUUGAACCUCGUAGUGAGAUCUCAUCACCGAGCUCUGGGCAAACGGGCGUGAACCUCUACGAGUCCAACGUCGCCACUACCAAAGAGGAAGUCGAAUAUGGAAAGGCAGAGAAAACAUCGGGGCAAGGAUCACCAGGUUCCGGGGGUAGCAAAGAGGAUGAUCCCGUCCUCUUCAUCAGGGAGCGCGUCAACCCUCUGGGUCAUGUACGCCCAAUGGAGCCCGCAGAGGAGGUGCCAGCUCUUCGUCUGAAACCAAGCGAAAUUGGUAUCAUCAAGGAGAAGCCCGUUCGAAUGUGGCUUGAAGGACAAGACGAGUGGGACAGGCGCUAUAAGAGCCAAGCGGAGGCGGUGAUCCGCAAACGGAAACAUUACCAGGCGAAGUGGGAGAAGCUGUUGGAGCACGCCAAACAGGAGGGUCUCUUCGGCGAGAAGGAUUCACUACGGUCCACAACCUCCGCAGUGUCCACUGGGGGAACCAUCGAGACCGACAGACGAUGGGGUCCUCUGGAUUUGGAGGGCGAACGGCCGCCUCCUAGUGCGAUUGCGGGCCGAAACGAUACCCGCGAGGCCGUUGCGCUUCUCAAGAAAGCCAUCUACCAUAGCGCACCUGUAACUCAUCAUCAGGUGCCCAAGCAGAAGGUUUCGGGCAUGAUACGCGCAGCCUUUGACCCUCACGACAUGGCCAUCAAGCCGCCACCACAAUCGGUUGCGGAGCAACAGGUCCAUUCGCGUCUCGUGCCAAUGCAUGGCCUCAGGAUGUGGCAGACGCUUGUGGAGUUGUUCAUGCGCAAGAGUAGGCAAAAAGUUGCCAAUGGCGGGAAGCAUGCCAAGGCUACCUUGCGCUCUGCGAAGGACAGCGUUCCCACCGUUACCGACAAUGCUUUAGAUCAGUCCUAGUCCGCCGAGACGUCAUUCCAUUCUCUGUUCGUCGUCCCUCCGUACAGUGUUCCGGGACUAGCAUUUAGAUUGGUCCAUGGUGUGCUUCAGGGCCUUUCGUAUGAUCAUAGACAGUAUAUUUCUUGCCAUCUAGAUAUAUGCCUUGCAGCCGUACGGACGACGCAUCGUCACUUGUUUACAUAUCACAACAUUUAGAGAUCCCAGUCGCCGAUAUAGUACUCCACAUUAG